AUGAUCCAUGUAACCCAUGUACCCAUGUGCCAUGUGACAUGUACCACGUACAAGAUUGAGCCUUUCAUGGCUAACAAACACAGAGUCGGACAAGCAGCUCGAUCGCCGGAAGCAAGACCUCUCCCAUGUCAUCCUCGAGGUCCUGCGCCGUCAUCCAGCGCUAUGCUACUUCCAGGGCUACCACGACAUUGUCCAGGUCUUCCUGCUGGUCCUCGGCCCCCAUGA